AGCAUAUUCCAAUGCCUGUACUAUAUGGAAUUUUUCUUCAAAUGGGUGUGGCAGCUUUAGGAAGCAUUCAGUUCAUGGAACGAUUGAAGUUACUGUUUGUUACACCUAAGCAUCAGCCAGACCUAAUUUACCUUCGCCAUGUUCCUCUCCGGAAAGUUCAUCUAUUCACCCUAAUUCAGAUAUGUUGUUUGAUCAUUUUAUGGAUAUUAAAAUCAACAGAUGCUGCAAUAAUUUUUCCUCUGAUGCUGCUGGCACUUGUAGGUAUACGGAAGGCAAUGGAAUGUAUUUUUUCAUUACACGAUCUAAGCUGGUUGGAUGACAUCUUGCCACAAAAGUCUGUUCGUGAAGAAGGGCAAAAGUCAGAAGAAAUAGAUUCAACUGACAGUGAAGAUUCAGAGCUAAAGUACCAAGAAAAAGGACCAGAAAUCAACAUUUCAGUAAAUUAG